AUGAACGAAGAUAUCGACAUUGAAACUGAAUUAAGCGAUGAUGAGUUUUACGUUGAAAAGAUUUUGGAUCAUACGUGGACUAGAGAAGGAGAUCCUUUAUUUUUACUUAAAUGGAGAGGUUUUCCUGAAGAAGAGAAUAGUUGGGUAGAACAGGACAAUAUAUGUGCCGUAAAUCUUAUUGAAGAAUAUUGGAAAGAUAUCGGUGGAAAACCAGAUCCUCCAAUCAAUAAAAACGCCAUAAAAUGUUCCAAAAGCUCUGAUUCUGAACCAGUAUAUGACAACGAAUAUACUAAAGAAUCAACGAAUGAAAAUUUGUACGCGAAGCCCAUGAUAAACAAUAAAGAUGCAUUCCCAUUCAUCAUUCCGAUGAUAACAGAUCCAACCAUCUAUCAGCCAAACUGGGAAGAAUUCGUUGAUAAUAUCUUAGCGGUUGAAUAUUCAUCAAAUUUUAUUUACAUCAGGAUUAAAUGGUAUAUUAACUCAUCGCCAAUUUACUUGGAGUAA